GGUCAGUCAAAACAGAAAGAAAGGAAGAUGGCAAGAAUAAUAUUACUUCUCCUUCUGGGUCUUGUGGCUAUAUGUGCUGUGCAUGGAGUAUUUAUGGAGAGACUUGCUUCCAAGAAGCUGUGUGCAGAUGAGGAGUGUGUCUAUACUAUUUCUCUGGCUAGUGCUCAAGAAGAUUACAAUGCCCCAGACUGUAGAUUCAUUAAUGUUAAAAAAGGGCAGCAAAUCUAUGUUUACUCAAAGCUGGUGAAAGAAAAUGAAGCUGGAGAGUUUUGGGCUGGCAGUGUUUAUGGUGAUCAUCAGGAUGAAAUGGGAAUUGUGGGUUAUUUCCCCAGCAACCUGGUCAAGGAGCAACAUGUGUACCAGGAAGCCACCAAAGAAGUUCCCACUACGGAUAUCGACUUCUUCUGUGAAUAAAAAUAAGCUAAAACUUCAGAUAAAAAAUGAAACACCAAAAAUGAAGAAAAAAGCCAAAAUAACAAAGAAGUGCCUAUCUCUAAUUUCUGACUUUUGUUUCAAGAGGGUCUGGGUCUUGGGUCUGGAGGUGGAAUAAAA